UUGUAGUGAAUAAUACUCGCUCGAUACAGCACGAUGUAUGUACAUUCAGUUUGAUAUUUUAACAGAAUUUUUAAAAGUUCAAGUGUACAAAAUGAUUGAAUUCGCCAUUAUUCUUUGCACAGCAUCAAGUGCUCUUUGCCAUAAUUAUGGAUGGAGUCAAGGUUACUCCUCUUCUUACGCACAUCAGAGCGAGUACGCAUGGCAAGGGCACAAUAAUAAUUAUCAACAAGCUAUUCCAAAUCCACAAUAUUGGAACAAUAAUAAUCAACAAAACAACUAUUAUCCACACACCCAACCCAAUUACUGGUCUCAUGUAAAUUAUCAAAAUAUCCCACAACCUAACUGGUCCCAUGAAAACUAUCAAAAUAUCCCAUAUCAGUGGAGUGAUUAUAAUCAACCGAAUAUAAAUAAUUAUCCCAACCAGCAGAAUCCCAAUUGGUCCAACGGAAAUAAUAAUUGGCAAGUACAACCAAGCCAACAGCUAAAUACUGCAGAAGUCUUUGCCAAUGAUCGAGCUGCAGAUCCAAACCAACAAGCACUUCAAGCAGCGCCAAUGUACAAUAAAACCCACAACCCAUGCACGAGAGAAAUCGUUAAACCAGAUUUCAAAAGACCAGGCAGAAGAGUAAGCGAAGAGAAAUGCUUGGAUUAUAUUUGGCAGAUAAAGUUUAGGGAAGAUAGUAAUAUCAGAGGCGCUGAAUGUUCCAAAUAUCGCCGUGAAUAUUUAAACAUUACUGAAUAUCCAUUUAUUGGGGGACGCACUACGGAACCAGGAGAAUUUCCUCACAUGGUUGCUCUUGGCUGGAAGGCUGUGGAAGGUGAUUAUAUCUUCAAAUGCGGAGGGUCCCUCAUCAGCCCCAAGUUUGUGGUCACAGCUGCUCACUGCUCCAGGUCUCCUAAAGAUCCGAAAGUAUCCAACCAAGUACCUGAAAUUAUUCGUAUUGGUGCUAAAAAUUUGGCUAAAGGGUUGUUUAAAGGUAUUAACCAAUUUUACCCAAGGGAUGUAAAGAUUGUUAAAAUAACAAAUCAUCCAAAUUACAAAUCACCGAGGCAAUACUCAGACAUUGCGCUUGUUGAAUUGGAUAUAGAAGUUGUCUUUGACACCAACGUUCAACCAGCCUGCCUUUGGGGUGCUCGAGACAUCGGCAACUUAGGGGCUGCAGUUUCAGCUUCUGGCUGGGGAGUUACUGAAAUCGGAGGUAAAACUACUACUACUGAACUGCAAGUUGGUGAUUUGGACGUAAUCGACGACAACUACUGUGACCAGCUUCUGAGACCCAAGUGCAAUCGUUAUUGGUGCGGGCUGCAGGAACAUCAGAUGUGUGCUGGCAAGUUGGCCGGAGGUGUUGAUGCUUGCCAGGGUGAUUCGGGAGGACCUUUGCAAUCCAGAAUAAAUCUGGAUCCAAGACUAAAGGGAAAGAUGUACUACCUACUUGGUGUGACAUCAGUUGGUUUCGGCUGCGCUCGACAAAACACUCCAGGAAUCUACUCCAGAAUAUCCAGCUUUUUGGACUGGAUAGAGCCAAUUGUCUGGCCGAAUGGAUUUAUUAAAAGUGUGGUGAUAAUGGGAUUGAAAUCGAAAGUUUUAGCUUCAGUUUUCCUAUUUCUUCUACUAGAUAUAUUGGUAUACAGAUACUAUUAUAACGAUAGUGUAAAGGAAUUGAGAGGAAAGAGAGUUCAUAUAAUAAAACCACGUAUCAGUCAAAUUGUAUACUCCAAGGCAUGCGAAGAUGAAAAAGAACCAACUUACCUACAAAAAGGACGAAUAAGCGAAAAAAAAUGCUUAGAGUAUGUUUGGAAAAGAAGGCAGUUUGAAAAAUGUGAGAAAUAUCAUAAGAAACACGUAUACGGUAUAAUAGGAGGAUAUGAAGCUAUGCCUGGCGAUUUUCCUCAUAUGGCUGCGAUUGGUUGGCGAACAAUAUUUGGUGGUUGGACGUUCAAAUGUGGUGCAACAAUCAUAAGCCCAAGGUUCUUGGUGACUGCCGCUCACUGUACUAAGUCCAAGCCGCAUAGGAUCCUUCAGAACACUGUCCCAGAGAUUGUCAGACUUGGUGUCGUAAAUUUAAAGCAUUUUCCCAACAACGAUGCUGUAGAUGUGAAUAUUUCUAGAAUAAUGAAAUAUCCGAAGUACAAAUCACCCAGAAAAUACUUUGAUAUAGCGUUAUUGGAAUUGCAAGAAGAAGUGAAAUUUGGUGCUGCGAUUCAACCAGCAUGUCUUUGGAGUAAGUCAAGCACCAAAGAAUUAGGGAAAAGAGUUGUCGCGUCAGGCUGGGGGAUCACUAAUGUUGACAAAAGAAGUCCAUCUUCGUUACUGCGUGCAGUGAAUCUCCUCAUGAUUAAUGAAGAGUUGUGUGAACACCUGCUCAAGCCAUUCGCCAAUAGACAUUGGUCCAAGCUGGCUGAUCAUCAGCUCUGUGCCGGGGAACUAGCAGGUGGACUAGACGCUUGUCAGGGCGAUUCUGGUGGGCCAUUGCAAGUACAGAUGGAUAAUCAGCACAAAAUGUACUAUCUGAUCGGGGUGACAUCUUUCGGCUAUAGCUGUGGCCUCCCAAAUGUCCCCGGACUAUAUACGAGAGUAGCUAGUUUUAUAGACUGGAUAGAAGAUAAUGUUUGGAAGGAAGAUAUUGAUAGACUUAGCAGAAAUACCUCAACACUAAUUUCAAAACCCAUAAGAUAAGGAAAGUAAUUAUUUGUACACCCUUUUGACUACCUUGCCA